AUGGAUGUUCAACUCUAUGUCUAUGACCUGUCAAAGGGUCUGGCACGAAUGUACUCUCUUGCUCUUACGGGGACGCAAAUGGAUGCCAUCUAUCAUACGUCUAUCGUGCUAAAUGGUAUUGAAUACUAUUUCGGCCAAGGAAUCCAGACUUCUGUCCCGGGGAGUACUCACCAUGGACAACCAAUGGAAGUCGUGAAAUUGGGUACCACGGAGCUCCCGAGUGAUGUUAUUGAAGAAUAUCUCGGUUCAUUAGCGACCAUUUACACACCCGAGUCCUAUGAUCUUUUCCUGCACAACUGCAACAACUUCACCCAAGACUUUUCAAUGUUCCUUGUUGGCAAAAGUAUCCCAGAGCACAUCAUCAACCUGCCUCAAACAUUCCUUGAGACGCCUUUUGGGCAGAUGAUGAAACCUCAAAUCGAGUCAGCUCUGAAAGGUGUCACCCAAGGUACCGGACCAAGUCCUAUUCCUGGUCCCAGUGCUCAAUCCGCUGCUGCUGCCCCGGCUAGACAAAAGUCUGUUGUGCCCUCAGCGGGCACAGUUCGCGUGGUGAGCAACCUCAACCAGCUAGACAAUGAGCUCAAAGGCGCGUCAAAUUCCUGUGCAGUCAUAUUCUUCACAUCAUCAACAUGUCCUCCCUGCAAGGCUGUUUACCCAAUCUAUGAUGAACUCGCAGCCGAGGCCGGGGAGCGAGGUACGUUGAUCAAGGUUGAUAUCAGCGUAGCUCACGAUGUGAGCAUGAAGUACGGUGUGCGUGCAACACCCACAUUCAUGACUUUUGUGCGAGGCGAGAAGCUCGAUGAGUGGAGUGGAGCUUCUCCACCUCAGUUGGCUGGAAACGUACGAAUGUUGCUUGAAAUGACAUACCCAGCGCAUCCCCAUCGUCAAUUGCGCCUCCCAAGCCUCCAGCGGGAAAUAACAAACUUUGUCACAUAUAAGAAGAGCCCACCACUCGACAAACUGCUUCAAAAAUUACCCGUUGCAUUCAAGGAGGGAUCGGGUGUCGCAGAGGUGAUCGAGUUUGUCAGACUUCAAUCGUCUGGGAACACUUCCGCGGCUGAUAUCAGGGUCCCUGACUUGCACACUUUUGCCACCACCCUGAACUCGGUAUACUCGACACUUCCUGGUGACAGCCACUUUGCAGUGGUUGACUUAAUCCGCCUUCUCCUGUUGGACCCCCGUGCAAGUGGCUACUUCGCGGAAGAAGCAGGGCAUGCAACUCUGCUCACUCUCCUUGCACCCCUAGCCCAAGACGACCUAUCCUCGUCCCCAUACAAUCUUCGCAUCGUUGCACUCCAACUCGCCUGUAAUCUCUUCAGCACACCUCUCUACCCAGCACAACUGACUACUUCAUCUUCUCCCCUCCGCGCGGCUUGUCUCAGCUUGGCGACCAAUUCCCUCCUAGACUCACAUGCUAGUCUCCGUGUUGUCGCUGCCUCGUUUGCAUACAAUCUUGCUGCGUUCAACCACAAUGCCCGCUUUGGUGGAAAUGAUGAUCCAUUACCGGAAGAAGAUCAGGUUGAAUUGAGCGCAUCCUUGCUUGAGGCUGUUUCGCGCGAAGAUCAGAGUACCGAAGCGCUGCAUGGUCUACUGUAUGCCUUGGGACUAUUCGUUUACGAAGCACCAAUGGAUGGGUCUCUGGUCGAUCUUUGUCGUGCGAUGGGCGUGGCAGAGACUCUUUCCGAGAAGAUGAAUGUCCAGGCCGUGAACAAGGAACCUCUCCUGAAAGAACUGGGCAGGGAAUUGUUUAGCAAGGGGUUGUAA